AUGGUACUAGUAUGGAAAGUAAUCCACAUUUCUUUUUUUAGAGUUUUUUCAGGUCACAUCAAGGAGGUGGAUGGGAAACCGCCAAAGGAAACGCAAUGGGGAGAGAAACCGUCAUUUGGAACAUGCUUGGCUGAAUUUUCAAAUGGAAGAGGUUCGAUCUUAAUUGUUACUGUACCGUGUUUAUACAUGUAGGCUGUUGCAGUAUAUCGGGUUUUAAAUUAUCGGUAAUUUGAUAUUUGAUUUUCCGAUGUAUCGAUAUACCGAAAAUAUUGAAAUACAGAAAUACACUUGUAUGUUCGGUAAUCGGUAUUUUCAGUGUCGAGAGUGCACAACAACUUGUAGAUAAAAUUUUUCGACGUUUACAACUUUACAGAAAGUAUAGACUUGAAAAUUCUGAGUAGUCGGUAGUUGUUUUGUCGAAAGAUGUUUCGCCUAUCAGUUUUGUGUGAAAUUUCUCGAAUAUAUAUUGAAUAACAUGUAUGUAUUAGGAAUAGCACGAAUUGUUUUUGUGUACUUUGGCAAAAAUGAGGUUUUGAGGUACUUGCAACUGUUGUGUUGAAAUGAUACUAUAAUGAUAUGUAUGCUGAUCAUGGUACUGACCACUGAUAAUUUAUGUGACUCUAAUGAUAACUGAUCAUUAAGCAUACUGAUCAUAACUGAUCAUUAAUCAUACUGAUCAUAACUGGUCAUUAAUCAUACUGAUCAUAACUGGUCAUUGAUCACACUGAUCAUAAGUGACAUUAAUAUAUUUAUGUGACUCCAACAUGAAAUGGCUUCGCGGAAUCUUUGUGAAACGUUCCAUAUUUAUCAUGUUGCACGCACCACGCCUUGUCACACCUCCCUAUGAGCCCCUCCCCCUCCCUAUGAGACUCUCCCCCUCCCUAUGAGCCCCUCCCCCUCCCUAUGAGACCCUCCCCCUCCCUAUGAGACUCUCCCCCUCCCUAUGAGACCCUCCCUAUGAGACCCUCCCUCCCUAUGAGACCCCCCUCCCCCUAUGAGACCCCUCCCUAUGAGACCCCUCCCUAUGAGACUUUCCUCCCUAUGAGACCCUCCCUCCCUAUGAGACCCUCCCCCUCCCUUUGAGACCCUCCCCCUUCCUAUGAGACCCUCCUCCUCCCUAUGAGACCCUCCCUUGUUAACGUUUCAGGACUAAACGACUGUCUAAGAACACCGCGGAAAAACGUCUGCGCAUGCACCAAAUUAUGAAAAUAUGGCGGGGAAUUUGAAUAUCAAUUUCUAAAACAAAAACAUGCUUAUUAAUUGGUCAAAAAUUAGUAAAACAAACGAGAAAAUAUAGCAAAUGGGUAGACUAGACAUUAAUUGAAAGCGUCCUGGCAUUUAAAGUAUGGAAUGAAAUAUAAUGCAUGUAAAAAAUUGUUGAUUUUAACGGACACGACUUCAAAAUUUUUUCCAAAAUUAUUCAAAACAAAAAUUCAAACUCAAAAGUUAAGAAAACUCUCGAAAAGUUAAACUUCUUAACCCACUCAAAUUGUAGAAUAAAUCCUAAAGUUUAGUUAUUGUGAACACGAAAUUUUUUUAUAUUUGGCGACACAGUUUUUUUUAAAGAAAUGUAUCUCAAACGAAAAUUCGGAAAUUGUCGUUGCUUAGUUGAUAAACAAAAUGUUUUAGACGAUAAACUUGUCAACAAUCACCUUUAGUUCAUGUUCUUGUACAAUACAAUUUCUUGAACCUUCUGGCUGUAUUUAUUCCUAGUUUUUAGAAUGACAUGUUUAUUUUCGCGCUCGAAAUCUGGCUGUAAAGACGCACAAUGAAGUCACUCCUUUUUACCGCCAUUUUGAGCCUUCGGAAACUUUCGGAACAGCUUCUCAUCAAGUUCGCAAUACUAUUACAGGUAAGGUUGACGCAUGCGCAGACGUUUUUCCGCGGUGUUCUGUCUAAGCCUUCGGUCACGUUAACGCUGAGUCCUUCGUAGUGCGUCUGCGCCGCAAGCUACGUCCUGCGCGCUCGGUUGCAAAAAAAGAUGACCAACAUCCUCUAGUUUGCCCCUCACCUACAGUCCCAAGAAUUGGCUGAAAAUGUAUCUAAUUUGUAAUAUGCUUACAGGUGGUUGGGUGCACGAUGUUUCAUUCUCGGCUGCUGGUGACAAGUUAGCCUGGGUUGGUCAUGAUUCCAGCAUAAGUGUUGUUGCUGCUGCAAAUCAAGCCCAAAUCUACACCAUCAAGGGUGAAUUCUUGCCACUGAUAACGUGCACUUGGAUCACAAGUAACAGUGUUGUUGCGGCAGGUAAGACCCAUGCGUACAUUGGAAUUGGCACACACUAAGAUGAUGGAAAGGGGGUUAUAUAAUAACUACAGUGAAGCACGCAAUCUGUUUGGUCGAUUCAAUCCUACAGGGAAAAUUUAAAUGUCGGACAACGAAAACAUUUCGAUGCGUGAAAUAAACAAUAACAGUAUAUUAAACGAGCGGCAAGUUCACCGAAACAGUGAACAAAGGUUUACAAUAACUACAGAGAGUGAAUUAACUUGAAAAUACCGAAUGUUUUUUUUUUCGUGUGGGAUGGCGUGAUCCAUGCACUCGGGAUGUGUCUCGUUUUACGCUUUCCGAAAGUCUCGAAACAUCCCGCGUGCAUGGAUCACGCAAUCCUGCACGGAAAACCAUUCGGUAUUCGUUUAAUCUAUUCCUCCCGUCACUAUUUUCGCAUUCUCUAUAAGUCAAUUCAGAGUUUCCAUUGCGUUGGGAUAGAUUGCAAUUGAUGAUAACAUGUAGUUGAUGAGACUCAAAGAAUUAGAAUAUUCUCAUCAAAAGAUUGAACUGUUCAGUCAUCAUUUGAAUAUGCAAAAAGUAUAAGCUCAAAGGACAAUUAGUUUCCUAGCCGAUACUCAGCUUCUAUUUUCCCUUCCUUAAAUAACAAGAACCUAUACAGUAGUUCAGCCAAUCCACCAGGAACCUAGUCCAACCGAUUCAAGCACACGCCAAGAAACUCGAUGUCUCACGUCACAGACAACGUAUACCAACGUGGCUUUGUACUUAAUGGUCAAUCGAAUAAUACUGCUCACCUGAGCGAGAUGAAUAUUUUCCAAUGUAAAUACUUUGCCCAGGAAACUUGUGAACUUAUUUGCCUGGCAUUUGAGAUACCACAUACGAAUCAUACGAAUUUUUUGGCGCUUAUUCUUGUAUUCUUACGACACUUUUUUUUAACGUUUUAAACGAUAUAAAUCCUUUAUCUGUUUUGGCGUCAAGUCGGCAAUCAGGAGGUAAAUUCCGUCCUCGAUUCCAUAUAAACAGGCAGCUUGUUUGUCCCACCGCCAAUGGACAAUUUGCAUUAUAGACUAAAUUUUGAUCUAGACAAGUCUAGACAAAAAUUUCAUCACAGCCUGAAAGAGCAUCACAAAAUUAGUAAUAUUCCAAAGUUUCGUUGCGAAAUGUUGUAAAAUACGGAUAAUAUAGCCUUGCGAAGUUUGCCGUUUUUCAGUCAUUUUGUAUUACGCACGGGAAAUUGACAGCCUAAUCGGGUGUUGGGGUAACAAUUUCCCGUUUGUAAUACAAAAUGACUGAAAAUUGCAAAUUUCGCAAGGCUAAAACUUUAUAACAAACGUACUUGCAGGGAGGUGAGUCCGGGAUUGGACGCACCGAGGGUGGCUGGAAGUUUCCCGAACUUACCGAGCGAAGCGAGGUGAGUUCGGGAAACUUCCAGCCACCCGAGGUGCGUCCAAUCCCGGACUCACCGAAGCUGCAAGUACGUUUGGUUUUUAUCCCAUACACCGAGCCAUACACACAUUUGUAGCUCUUCGCGAUAUAUUCGUCGUCUCGUCGAUGUUUUGUGAACAUUUUCCCGGCCAAAAAAAUCACUGGGCAAGAAAAUACUUCUUUAUCUACGUCUAAAUUACCUUUACUGCAUUAUUUCUUUGGUUUUUCUUCAGUCUCAGUAUGUUAGUCACCGAAAAAAGUUCUUUAAAGUUUAGGUUUAUCGGCUAAAUCUUGUCCGCCAUAUUUGUUAUUGUUAUUGCAACGUAAGCAGUUUAUCAGGUGAGUUCGGGCGAAAAGCAGGUGAGCUCGACAAAAAGCAGGUGAGCUCGACGACAAGCUCACCUGCUCUAGACCAAUCAGAAAGCCGCUUUUAACACAGGUAUGGGAUAAUGGAAUAUUACUAAUUUUGUGAUGCUUUUCAAGCUGUGAUGAACUUUUGUCUAGACCAAAAUUUAGUCUAUAAUGCAAAUGGCGCAUACAGUAUAUAAAUGAAAAGAUGUGUGUUGCGCACCACUUGGUUGAACUAGAAUGCUGGGUUUGGUGGAUAAUCGCAGGGCCACAGGUUCGAUUCCUGCCAGAGGACCUAGUGUUGCAUUUUUCGCAACCGUUCCGGGUUAGGUGACUUAGGUCUUAGAUUGUGUUUAUAUAUGCUCGCUUGGAUAAUCCACCAAACCCUGCGUUCCAUAGAAACUGGGCUAGCCUGUUUUCUGGGGUGGAAGUGCAAGGAGAUGCUGUUGCGAGUUUAUCAAUUCGAGGGUGACAUUUUGUAGGUCAUGACUACGUGCCGUUCCUGUUCAGUGUUGACGAUGCUGGUCAACUGACCUUCAAUCAGAAACUGGAUGUUGCUAAGAAGAAGGAAUCUGAGACUAUGAGUGCAAUGGCAAAGUUCAGAACUAUGGAUAAAGAAGCAUCCACAGGAGAUUCUGGAAAGGGUGUUAAUACCACUCAUCAAAAUUCAAUCACGUGAGUUAAAUCGAUAUAAUUAUUGCAGUAAUCAGAAGCUUACUAAGAAAUGUUACCUGUCACGUUUUACGAGGAGUUACUAUUUUUAGGGUUUUGUAAUUUUGUAUUCUUUUGCAUUUUAAACUUAACCUUAAACCUAAACCUAACCCUUACUCUAAUCCUAACCCUAAUCUUAAUCCUAACCCUUGAAGGCUUUAGUACUGUAGAUGGAAAUUAUCGAGUGGAAAUUUAUAUACUAACAGCAUCUAGUGAUAAGAUGUUUUCGUAUUUUUUGAAGGGUUUAGCAUAUAUGAAAAUUACCGAGUGGAAAUUUAUACACAUUUAAAUGUAUUUAAUAGAUUUGAAGAUUUGUAAUCCAGGCAUUUUAUUAAAUUAUAAUUUUUACAAAAUUAUACAGUGUUCUCCGGAUUGUAAGUAUUUGCUUUGAGCUUUCGACUCGGUACUUUCAUUUGAAUUGAAUUCAUUUGAUCAUUUGAUCAUUUGAAUUUUCGCGCUGUUGUUGACGCUGUUGAAGUCUGUGGGAACGUCUGAUUGGUUGUAUACACGUAAAUGUAUAUAAAUUUACAUGAGGUUAAAUAGAUUUAAGCAAGGUUAACGGCAGAUGUAUUAUAUAUGCAUGUAUGUUGACUUAAAAUCUUGAUAUUUACCCAUAACCUAACAGGGGCAGUACCCUAGUAUACAUAUAUUAUAUGAACUUGUGGUUAGAGCUCGACAACUGAACUCGAUCUCUCAGUUGGUUCGAGCACUGCACCGGAAUAGCUGGGCCGCAGGUUCGGUUCCUGCCAGAGGGCCUAUAGUUGCAUUUUUUGCAACUGCUCCUGGUUAGGUUCAAUAAAUGUACCUUCAAACACUCAUUAAUAAUUCAUAAGCUUAUUGGCAAAUCAUGUCAACCGUAAUAUGUCACGUGCAGUGCCUUUAAACCUGAUAAAACACUCCUAAUUAGUAUUCUUUAUACAAAGAAUACUAAUAAGGCAGUAUCUAUUGUAGUCGUGUCCUCAUUAGUAUUUUUUAUAUAAAGAAUACUAAUAAGGCGGUAUAUCUAUUGAAUUUGUAGUCGUGUUUGAAGCCGUUUAAUAAACUCGCAGGUCGUGUUUUAUUAGGUCUAAAGCCACUCGCGCUGCGCGCUCGUGUCUUUAAACCUAAUAAAACACUCCUGCUCGUUUAUUAAACAGUACUUAAUGUUACAUAGUUAGUAAUGAAACGUUAAUAUUAUUUAUUAUAUAAUACCUUAUUGAAUUCUGAUCGUUUAAUUGGCUGUUUAUGGUCACGUGAUAUUGAAUAGAAAAUUCCAUUUCCCAAGAAUGCAAUGGAAUACGUUCCAUUGCACUCUUGCGGGUGCAAUUGUACUAUACGUUUUAUUCCAUUGCACUCUUUGUGUUUUCGAUAAAUCGCAUCCGUCAAAAAUGCUUCUCGUAAGGUGAUCGCAGUUUAUUUUAACCCGAUAUUCGAAACUCAGUAAAUGGGAUUUAAUGCAAAUACGACUCGUCAAAAUGGCGGGAGUUUACAGUAAACCUUUUAAUAUUUGUCUAUUUUGGUAUUAUAUAAAACAAUUCGUGUAAUGGUAAGAAUAUUUUCAUUCGGUGAAAGAUGAAAUGUUCCAUUCAACUCGGCUGUCGCCUCGUUGAAUGGAACAUUCCAUCUUUCACCUCAUGAAAAUAUUCUUGCAUAUUCAUGAAAAUACCCUUGCACUCAUAAACAUUCAUUAUUUGUAUAAUAUUAGAUCGAGAUCUAAUAUUAGCAUUAAGGACUGGGUUUAUUUUUUAUAUUUCUAAACAAAUGAUCAGUGUUCCAAACGAAUAAAUAGAUAAAUAAAAUAAAUACAUGCACGUGACGUUUUCCACAAAACAAUUGUAUUAGUUUUCAGCAUGCCUACUUACAAGAAACUUACUGAAUGUUUACUAAUUUAUUUAUAGUCAAAUUUCAAUUCAUACUGGAGACAAGCGAAGCACAAGCAAGUUUGCUUCCGCUGGUGUUGAUGGACGCUUUGUUAUCUGGGAUGUGAAGGUGAGAUUGUCUAAUUUGUAUAUGUAAUAGUAUGAUUUCGAGUGCAGUUUGGUAAAAGAAUAUGCACGAGUGCACUGGUAAAAGAAUAUGCACGAGUGCACUGGUAAAAGAAUAUGCACGAGUGCACUGGUAAAAGAAUAUGCACGAGUGCACUGGUAAAAGAAUAUGCACGAGUGCAUGGUUUUUCAAAAGACGAUCAAAAUUGCACGAGUCCGAAAGGCGAGGAAUUUGAAGUCUUAUACAGGGUGGGAUAAUUCGCGUACUUACUGUACGUACCGGAGGUAUGCUAAUAUUACGGUCUGGUACUUCUUUGUUUCCAGCCACGUAGGUACGUGGAACUCUUGCCACCGCCUACUUACUUUUUGCUGGUACCACGUGACCUUUCCAAGCCCAAGGUAUUCAAUAGCGUAAUUUAGUUGGUACAACAUGUGUCUGAGAUGUCUUGACAUGAAACAUGAUUGGACUGAUGGCACUAAGAAACGUUGGAGUCGAUUGUUUGUAUAUGCAAUUGUGCUUCUUUUCUACCUCGUAGUCUGAACAUACUUUUCAGAAACCUGUAUUUUAUGAACCUUAUUUUAAUGACUAAGUACACAUUGAGUGCUGAGUUUGUACUAGCAUAUAAGUACGCGGCAACAACCAUUGGCGUACCAGUCAGGUACGACUAAACAUCUUGAAUUAUCGCACCCUACUAAGUCUUUCGAAAACUCACGAGUGCAUACGAUUUUCCAAAUAAAUGCACGGGAAAAACUAUGAUUUACGUAUUAAUAAUAUACAUGAAAAAAUUAUGCAUAGAAGUAAAUUCAUAUUCACUUGUGUGCAUGAAACUGAUGCGAAAUAAAUAGUUUACUCAUUCAUUUGAAUGGCACAACAAUUUAACACGUGCUUUCAACUGUCAGAAGUUAUAUCAAAAUGUCUUUUGUUUUGGCACUUGCUACCUAUUUCCUUUUUGCACUUCCAAAAAGCAGGUAAGAAAAAAGACACAUUUACCCAUAGGCAGCCCAAAACGGCGUGUAGAAUGCACCAAUAAUGCUUCCAAAUGUCAAUUUGCAUUAAGCUCGCCCCAUUCCUUUGUCAUUUGUCGCGCGCCGCAAGCACUCAAUUUGAAAAGCAGUGUUGAUGUAUAUAGAUUAUACCUAAGGUUGGCAACUAUAUCUCAACUGACGAAUAUACCACUUCGGCAAAACGCAAAAUACUUCGUAUACGUAAAUAAAACAUGAUAAAAAAAUUAUACCACAUUGAACUCUGAUAUUUUUUCUACAUACCCGCAUAUAAAUUUUGUUUUCAAGACUGCAAGAAAGAUGAAAAAUUUGUACAAACGUUUCAUGGUCUGAUGAAAAUUUUGAUGUGACUAUGCGGGAUGCCAAAGGUUAUUUCAUUCGUCAUAUUUUUAAAAAAAUUAUGUGAUUCAAUUGGUUGAAAAAAUAAACAGUUUGUGACGUAUUUAUAGUAAAAAUUUGGUUUCAGGGGGGAGGGGUUGAACUACAACAGGAAGACUGCUAAAAUACAAGAUCGAUUUUUUUUCGAAGAUGAAAUGGUGGAUUUUAAAAACUUUUUACAUCCAUCCAUAACUUUUAUCUACAGCAAAGCAACCAGGUAACUUUUGGCUACAUGUACACGAAAUGUCAUGAAAUUCUGAGCAAUAAUGGCGAAGAAAAUGUGCUAUAAAAAAGACGGCGAUAUGUAAUGCGAGCAAGCUUCGUUGUGAAGCUCAGAAAAGUUAUAGGUAUGAACUUAUUUUAUAGCGUUUUUAAUACUGUAACUCGGAACAAUAGGUUGGAUCAUUUAUUUUUCCUAGUAAUCAAGUGUUCAGUAUUAAAUACUGGGUCUCUACAGUAGUUAUAAUUUUAAAUAGCUAUAUAGCAAGAAUAUUUCGAAGUGAAUUCUGUAAAACUGUUUUUAUAUCACUAUAAAACUAUUUUUAUAUGAAAACAAAUUUGCAUUUUGGCCUGUUUUAUUUAUCAUCAGUGUAAAGACAGUACGUAUUCACAGUAAUAGAUACAGUCACUAGUUUUUGUUAACUAACGUGUACUUUAAAGUUUAAACUAGGGAGAUGUUUAGGCAUUUAUUAUAGAAUACAUAUUAAACUUUCAGAACUUUGAUACAAGAUUGUUUAUAUGUAAAUGCAAAAUUCCAUGCUGGGAUAUAAAAUAAUGCUAGCACUCUUACAAAUUGCAGCCUAUUUUGUGAACACAUUCACUCAGUAUUAAACGGAAAAAUGUAUCCAACUUAUUGAACCAAGUUAAAUUAAAACGCUAUAACUAAAUUCACUGCCUAUAUACACUUUGUCGAGCAAGGUUCACCUCGAGGUUCACAACUCACAACGAAGCUUGCUCGCAUUACAUAUCGCCGUCUUUUUUAUAGCACAUUUUCUUCGCCAUUAUUGCUCAGAAUUUCAUGACAUUUCGUAUACAUGUAGCCAAAAGUUACCUGGUUGUUUUGCUGUAGAUAAAAGUUAUGGAUGGAUGUAAAAAGUUUUUAAAAUCCACCAUUUCAUCUUCGAAAAAAAAUCGAUCUUGUAUUUUAGCAGUCUUCCUGUUGUAGUUCAACCCCCCCUGAAACCAAAUUUUUACUAUAAAUACGUCACAAACUGUUUAUUUUUUCAACCAAUUGAAUCACAUAAUUUUUUUAAAAAUAUGACGAAUGAAAUAACCUUUGGCAUCCCGCAUAGUCACAUCAAAAUUUUCAUCAGACCAUGAAAC